CACCGAGCCAUCUUUGUCCACCUAAUCCAAGCGGCUGUUUAUUACACCUUCAUUACGGACUCUGACAGCGCCGGGCUCCAGUAUUAGCCUGCAGGUGCCGCAUCGCCGUAGAGUACAUAGGAAGAGGAAAGCAGGUUUUGUAGCGAGGGGACACAUCUCAGUGGCAGAUAUAUACCAGCCAGUGCUCCUCCUAGGCUAUAUAGGCAGGGAAACGCCACAAUAACCAAACCAAAGGGUGCCAGAGGGUAGAGAGGAGCGCAGAAGGCAAUCCACAUCCAUCUACCAGCCACUUAGACCGCGCUAACAUUUCCAGUCCGGAUUUCAGCACAGCUGUCCAGCCAAUACUACCAGGAAAAUGUCUGCCCCAGCCGGAGCCCCUGCAGAAGGAGGGAAUCAGCCCCCCAACCUCACCAGCAACCGUCGUCUGCAGCAGACACAGGCACAAGUGGAUGAGGUGGUGGAUAUCAUGCGUGUAAACGUGGAUAAGGUCCUGGAGCGUGAUCAGAAGCUGUCAGAACUGGACGAUAGGGCUGACGCCCUGCAGGCUGGAGCCUCUCAGUUUGAGACCAGCGCUGCAAAACUGAAGAAUAAAUACUGGUGGAAGAAUGCCAAGAUGAUGAUUAUCCUGGGUGUGAUAUGCGUGAUUGUCCUCAUCGUCAUUAUUGUGUACUUCAGCACCUAAGAAGAGUUGCUCCUACCCCAGUCUAAUCCUUCCUCGCAACAGAAAAAAACACCCUCAAAUUGAUUACAAAAUUAACCAUGAUAACUCAUUUAUUAUAUAUAUCUCCCGAUUAGCCUCAAUAUAACACACCUAAACCUUCAGGGUCCCAUGACUCCCCCACUUCCACCACCUCGCCUCUGGACCCCUGUCAAUAUUUGUCCUGUGAGUGUGUGGCCCUGUCUCCUUUCUGGGUCCUCGUGGCUUUUCUAACCUGCCAUACAGAGAACCAAACACUUGUGACGAUGCAACAACAGAAAAGGAAACAACGAUUGGCGAUAAUUGUUACAUAACUGAUAUAUAUAUAGUUCUUUGUAGAGUUUUAUUCUGAAAUAUACUGUUUUGUAGGUGUGUGUGCGUGUGUGUGUGUGUGUGUGUGUGUGUGCAUUUUGUAUUUUUUAAUUUUUGUAUUAAUUUUACGUAUGCUUCAGCGUUAAAUACUGCCUAUUAAUCAAAGUGUGUAUCUUGCAUGUUAUCAUCAUCUGUCCCCUGCUUACUCUCUCUUUUCAGUGUAUUUUUGCACAGUGGAGUGAGUCUCCAUUUGACAGUGGAAAUACCAUUUGAUUUUUCGAGUUCAUCUGUGUUACCCGUGUCCACUAAGAAAGUCCAAAAUAAGCCAGAGAACUAAAACUUGUACCAAGCAAAUAUCAUCAAGGUACAACAAAAUGUAACUAUGACAUAGACAAAACUUCUUCAGCUUUACUUUAGCUCCACAUUUCUAUAACUUGAUGCCAUCAAAGAGUUCAAGUCUUAGCUUCUCUGCUGGCUUUCUGAGAGAGUUAAUGCUCACUGGUAUUGAUCAAACAUACAAAUAAUGCAUGAAUUGUCCAACUAAUCCCUCGUAAUCAUCAUUUCCCAGCCCUUUCCAUCUGAUCCUCCCAGUAUCUGUGUCAUUUCUAUUUCUCCAUUUCACUCGAACAUCUUUCAUCUUUAACAUGCUAACCCCUCUUCUGCCUGUCGGCAUGCUUGAACACCUUAAUGUCUUCUGCUAAUUUCUAAACUGCCAUAGUACAGUCGGACCAAUGUCUGUAGAUGUUUCUUCUUUAUUUAAAUAUUACGUAGUGUCUUAUUUCGAAAACAUUCCUUCAUUGCAGUCUAGUGCAAAUGGUCUUACCGUAGCACAUGUAAGUGUAAGUAUCUUUAAAAAAAAAAUACAGGCGACGAAACUUGUGUCAAAAACGUCGGUCAUACAAACCAUAGGAGAAAAUAGUUAUAGUUAAUAGCUGUAAGGGAUUAGACUUUUAAUCUGUCCAAAUUACUUUCUUUUGUUAUAUGUGUGAUGUUAUCUUAACAUUACACUUACAGUAUACUGUGGAGAUGUCAUUAUUGUCAAACUGUGGAUAUGGACUUAAAAAAAAAAAAACGGGGCCAUUGCAUGAAUCGAUUCAUUUCCAUAAAGCAAAGGUUAAUUCCUACUGGCCUGUUACCUACAUGGAUACUGAAAAGCCUUAGUCUCCAGUCACUUCUAUUAGUUACUGUAGAAUAAUUCCAGUCCAACACACCCUCACACUUUUAGUCUGUGUAGGGAGAGUGGCAGACUGCAGAAAAGGAAUCUGUUUAAAAUGCACAAACAACCUUGUUUUUGAUGGCGCUGUCUGGCUGGUCAUUAGCCUGGCCAAAGGAGAUCCUCGUGCAGCAAAACCUCUCCACAUGAAGAGCACAUAAAAGAAAAAAUGUUUUUAGCCUUAUUUGCAAAUUCAGGAACAUGGACAGAGGCUAAUGAGGAAAAUGUCAAAUUCACUGUUGAGCUUUAGGUCAGCAACUUUGGGGUAGGCUCAGUAAUUCACUGUCAAACGUUAGAUACGAGAAACGUGAGAAGCAAUUAUUCAAAACAUAGCACUCUUAAGAAGAGUGUGUUGCUAGCGCAGUGGUUCUGUCUCGGUGUUUCUCCCUAUAGUUAAGGCCUUUUUUCUUUUUUAAAUAUAAUAGAUUCUAUUUUUAUUAUAGUAUAUUUUUGUGUGAAACAGACAGGUAAAGAGGAAGUGUGCAAUCAGUGCUAUUUGCUGCCACACAGCAGUAAGAUCCUCUUUACCUCUGUCUGGUGUGUUUUUUGUAAUUCAGCUCUGUGCGUUAUACACUGCCAAGCAACAAGGGAGAGGCUUCUAUUCUUAUUGCAGUCAUUUCUUUCAUUGGUGCCCUCGCUGGUUUGGUCUUAAAACAUUCUUUUACAUGUUUCUGACAUCUACUCCUGUGUGUACUACCUUUUUGGCUACUUUGUGAGCAGGAGAGCAGGGCAAUAUGAUGCACUUGUUUUUUAAUGCGCUGUCAAACUAAGGCCUUGUACACAUGAACAGGAGAUGACAAGCAACUCAGCUUAUGCUCUACUACCACUAAUGUCAAUCUUAAAAUGUUGAAAUUUUGAUUUCAGAUCUUACAGUAGGCUACAGUCACUGAAUAGAUUUGAAGACCACAAAAUCUCCAACAAUAUUUCAAAAACAAGUGUGUGUAAAGCCUUAGCAGCUUUGUCUCUUUUCAACAGUUCUAUCUUUCCCACCAGCUGAUCAGACCAACCUGCCCCCCUUUGCUCAACUCACUUACUUAGAAUUCUACAGUGUGUGUGUGUGUGUCUGUCUGUGUGUGUGUGUGUGUGUGUGUCUGUGUGUGUGUCUGUGUGUGCGUGUUAGAAUAGCUCGUGUUGGGAAUAUCCCCCGUUUAUCCUGACAGAUUAGGCUGCUUAAAUCUCAGAGUGAGAGCACGUUGUUUCCUUGACCACUGAAGUACACAAGCAGACGGGUUACAGAUCUGCCGGCCAGUUCUAUUAGGAAGGACCCUAACCUUUACAAGCCCUCUCCUCCCCGUCCCAUGUUUUCCUCCAAACAGAGCAAAAGUAGACUGCAGAAGAUUACCAAAGACCAGAUUUCCAUGCUUACGCUGCCAAUUGCCAUCAAAAACAAGCGGAGAGAAACAGGUUAUCCAAACUAUCCAAGUCGGUUUUAAAUAGCUUAUACCCUUACACUAUUUAUCCACAGAUAACAGGACCUUUCAACUAUUACACACUAUUCAUAUAGUGUCAGUUUGGCUUGUGAGUGUGCCAUUCUAACAUAUGCAAGUUAAACCAAAACAUAACAUGCUUCAAAUUUCAAAUACAGUCUGCCCCAACAAUGCCUAUCCAGGUCUGAAGAGCCUCUGAUCUCUAACAGGUUUUUAGACACAUAAUCCUGUAACUAAUAAUAGCACAACUCUUCUUUUUUGUCUCCAUAGUGCUGGCAAGUUCUAAAAUGAAAAGAGAAAUGAACUAACUAUAGCUAUUUCAAAUGAACCUAGAACAUUGUUAUAAAAAAAUCUGCAUUGUUUGGUGUUGUAAUAUGGGGGUGUUUUGGGGGGUAGGGGGUCCUAUAUCCUCAGGUUUAAGGUAUUAGCAAUUUACCAACUAUAUAUGAGGACAAAUCUAUAUUAGCAAAGUGUAGAAUUGGGUUUUUGGCAAUAGAAAAUCAUUGUAGGGUUACAAAUGUGGUCCUUUUAGCCAUCCUGCAGGGGUUAACCACACGGUGGGCUGAAGUGAAAUAACUACUGAUUGGGGUAGGACUUCUGUGUUAUCUAUGAAUCCAACUGUUGUGAGUGCUCAACCAAUUUGGUCACAACAGUGAAAAUGAAAGUGAGUGCUCUCUUUUUCCGUUGCUUUACUGUCUGUAUGAAAAUAAGUGCGUAUAUAUAUUUUAACACCAUGGCACUUUUUCUGUUGUGUUUCAUUCGUUUUGGUGGGAUGGGAACAUGAUUCGGUGGAGAAUAUUGUCUUAUGUGUCAACCUCAAGAAUGGUUCAGUGAUCUCAACUUAACGCUGUGUUCAUGUUAUUUGGGGGAUGAUCCGAUAAACAAGAUGCCAACAUGGAAACAAGUGUUCAGACCCUCUUCCAGGUUUGAAUUAUAACUUGUGAAGUUGCUAUUCAAACUUGGAAGGAAACGGACAGAAAGAACAAGACCAUCAGAAGAUCCGAUCCUUCAACAAAGCAUUAUGUAAUACGUGCAGAGUGGGAAAUGGUCCCCAACAUUUACCGUCACCCUCAAUUGGGAUGAAUGCAGCAAAAGGAGGGAACCUUUUGAGUCUCUGAAUGUUCACUGGAUGGCUAUAAUUAUACAAUAUUCUACUUAAUAUAUGUUUUAUUUUUGAACCAAAUAUUGUGUUUUUCUUUUGCAUCAAUUUAGUAAUAACUCCAGAUGUCACUGAAUUGUUUGUAUGUAAGCACUGAUUGGAAAAGGUAAAGAAAAUGGGAAGUUAAUGGGAAAAAAUGAAUAUUUUACCUUCAAUUGUCCAGAAGGCUUAGAAGGAUUCUACAGUUUACAUCAGAUUGCUGUUUGUAUCUACAAGAUAUAUUUUUUUGUUUAAAUCCGUUUAUUUUUGAGGAAAGAUUUUGAUUUCUCUUUGGGACUGGGGUUUCUGGGAUGAAGGCCCAUAUUGCCCCUGGUCAUCUGGCCUUACAGGAGGGACAGGACUGGAUGGUUUCAUGGGCAAUGUGCUCAGUUUUAUCUUUCUUUUUUUCUUCUCCUUUGCUUUUAUUUAUUGAUAGAUUUAUCGUGCUGUCAUUUGGUAUGGGAAUAGAAACUAAACAAGGUUGACUCAACGUAAUGAAGAGACUGAAUGAAAACCUAAAGUACAUAAAAUAAUUGUAGUGUAAAUCUAUCAAUGUCUUAUUAUAUUGAUGAACAUCAUGAAAUAUAUGUAUAUUGGAAAAACAGUAUCUAUGACAA